AUUUAACAAGUGAAUCAAUCAUAUGUGACAACUAGGACUUAGGCUUUGCAAAUUCAUUUAGAGCUGGGAAUGAAACCUAUGAAACCUGUCGUCGAUCUAUUUUGGCAGGACAUCAAUUGCGGCGAUUAAAACAUUUUAAAAUUUUUCAACUCUUCGUUUCUUCGUUUGCAAGACUUGAAAAUUCGUAUACUGGGCUUUUUUUUUUGGCUCAAGCGCGGGAUCUCUAUCAUAACUUUGUCCAUCAGUUUGCUCCAGGGUUUAUGAGGUAGCACAAAUCUUUAAUUAUUUAAAACCAGGUUUACAAGGUAGGGUUUUAUAGAAAAUGGAGAGUUUUGUGAUUGUUCACAAUGUGGCGAAAAGACACAAUAUAGGAACUCUUGCACGCAGCGCGACGGCCUUCGAUGUAUCGGAACUCAUUCUCGUUGGCAGAAAAGACUUCAACGCUUUCGGUAGUCAUGGAUCAACUCUUCAUAUAAAUUUUCGCCAUUUCUAUUCACUGCAACAAGCUCAACAAUACCUUAAGGGAAAGGACUGUGACAUUUGUGGGGUGGAAAUUGCUGAUGGAGCUCUUGCAGUCCAUGAACAUCCUUUCAGGAAAAGCACCGCAUUCUUACUUGGGAAUGAGGGGACAGGACUUUCAAGCAAAGAGAUGGAAAUUUGUGACUUCUUUGUUUACAUAUCACAAUAUGGUUGUGGCACGGCUUCACUAAAUGUCACUAUAGCAGCAUCCAUUGUCCUCCAUCACUUUGCAGUUUGGGCAGGCUUUCCUGAAAGAAGGCGAGAUGGUCAAAAAUUUGUGGUAGCUGAGAAACCAGCAAGACAAGGUCGGAGAAAUUUCUGUGCAGAACCAAUUGAAGUUAUUGCAAAAGAACGCAAAGAUAAGAAAGAGGCUGGCUCACAUGAUUGGUUGGAUGAUGCUGGAACUGACAGAAGUAAUCAGCAUAAUGAGAUGAUUGAAGAGUCCUUUUCUUGUAUGCAUGAAAUUGAAAAUAACACUGAAACAAGCCCAUUAGAUAUGUUGUUUCAUUCUGAUUUGUAAUUAUGGUGUAGUAUUUGGCAACUGGCAUUAUACUUGCUGCAGGUGGCAGCUAGUACAUGCUUGGAAGAUAUUAUGGAAGCACUUCUCAAUCUGCUAAGAACGCUUGUUAUUAUUAGCUGCAGAAGUGUGGCAUUUCAAGUGGGCUCAUUAAAGUUUUACUUUUGUACUUGAUUAAAUCAGACAACCUGAUAGUCACUAAGGAUAGAUUUACUCUUGGUCAUUUGAACAAAUUCAAUCACAAUGUAAUCAUUACAAUAGGCAUGGGCAAUGCAAAUUGAAAUUUGCUGUGGAUUA